AUGUCUUAUCAACAGCAGCAGUGCAAGCAGCCCUGCCAGCCACCUCCUGUGUGCCCCACACCAAAGUGCCCAGAGCCAUGUCCACCCCCGAAGUGCCCUGAGCCCUGCCCACCACCAAAGUGUCCACAGCCCUGCCCACCUCAGCAGUGCCAGCAGAAAUAUCCUCCUGUGACACCUUCCCCACCCUGCCAGCCAAAGUGUCCACCAAAGAGCAAGUAA